UUAAAACACAUUUUGUUGGGAGAACUGAAACGAAAGCCCGUAUUGAAAAACCCAGACUCUCUCUCUGAGUUUUUGUGGAUGCGAUUUUCGAAUCUAUGGCGUCCUCAAAGCUCUUGAUUCUCUCGGUCUUUCUGGCCCUAGUUUUCUCGCAAAUUAGGGCUGAGGCUUCAGUCAAAGAAGAUGAGCCACUGGAAGUAGUCCGAUCGGACGGCCCUGAUUCGUCCGCGCUGAAGAUCGAGUUGGAUCAACUCAGGUCGAAGAUCCACUCGCUCGAAUUUGAAGUGGAGGAGAAAGUUAAGCAACUUCACAGUAAGGAUGAGAUAGUAGAACAGAAGAAUAAAAUCAUUCAAGUGAACUCGGAUGUCAUCAUGGCUCUGCAGAAAGAAGUUGAUUCUCUCCAGAAAAAAGGGUCGCUGGAUGUUGAGAAGCAGGUUGGCGAGGCUCAUGCACGAGCUGGUGAAUUAGAGAAGCAGGUUGACAAACUUAAAAAGGAAUUGGAAGCACAACAUAAGGAGAAAGAGGCCUUGGAAGCCCGUGCCAAUCAAGCUGAGAAGAAGAUUGACGUUUUGAUCUUGAAAAUAGAUAAGAUCGAGAAGACUAAUGAUGAACAAAAGACCAAAAUUCGAAAUACUGAGCGUGCUCUUAAAGUUGCUGAGGAAGAAAUGUUGAGGGCAAAGUUUGAGGCUACUUCUAAAGCAAAAGCGUUAACAGAGGUUCAUGGUGCAUGGCUUCCACAUUGGCUUGCUGUUCAUUUCGGCUAUUGUCAGUCCUUUGUAGAGAAAUACUGGAAUGAGCAUGGAAAACCUGCUGCAGAGGUGGUGAUUCAGAAGGCCCUGGAGAAAAAAGUUCAAGCUGGAAAGUGGGCUGAACCCCAUGUGGAAGCAGUUAAAACUAAAUGGAUCCCGGCAGUCAAGGAACAGUGGUCAUUGGCGAAAGAUUCUGUUGAACCUCAUGUGCAAUCACUAAGAACAAAGUCUAUUGAAGCUUAUAAGACAUCAAAGAGUACAUUAGCUCCCCAUGUUAUAAAAGCACAAGAGUUUGUUGAUCCUUACUUUCAGGAGGCAAAAAAGUUCAGCAAGCCAUAUGUUGAUCAGGUAGCCACUGUUGCAAAACCUCAUGUUGAAAAAGUUAGAGUGGUGUUGAAGCCCUAUACAAAGCAGGUUGUUCAGGCCUACGAGAAGUUUCUCAAAUCCGCUUCAACAUAUCAUCAUCAGGUUCAAACUACCGUACGAGAUACACUGAAAAAGCAUGAACUGACAAGACCUCUUGCUACGAAAGAGUUGGAGUGGUUUGCGGCCUCUGCUUUGUUGGCACUUCCCAUCUUAAUUCUGUUCAGAGUUCUAUCCUCAAUUUUCUGUACAAAGUCAACGAAACCUGUACGGAGUACCCACCAUUCACGUCGCAAGGCCAAAAGGGGUCAUCCAGACAAGUAGAUUGCUGCUAGUUUGUUCACACGACUCGUUUCUGGGAAUUGUUACGGCUGGUUUGUGCUAUGGCAGGGGUAUAUGUGAAGCUAUAUUUUGUUGUCGAUCAGAUGCAGCCCUUGUGUUGUUUAAAUCUUUUGCUUACAUGUUAGAAUCUGGCAUACCAACAAAGUAGACACUCAGAUACGUCUAGGAGGAGGACAUCUAGGAGGAGGGAGUUAAUGUAGUGUGGGUGUUCCUUGUUUAUGUUGUUAUGAGGUGUAUUUUAUUUUUUAUUCUUACAAGUUCUCAGGCCAAAAGACUGUCGUGUUUCACACGUUUCGUUGUUAAUUAUAACAUUGGUUGUUUUAGUUUUA